AUGCCUACUGCAGUCGUGACCGGGGCCAACUCCGGCAUUGCCCACGCAUUUGCCAACAUACUCUGUGAUGAGGGCUACACGGUUUACGCUGUCGACCGGGAGGCUGGGGACGGGCUCCAGGCCCUGAAAGCCAAGAAGGCUCGCAUUGCUGAAGUGGAUGUGACUUCUCCUGAGUCCAUCCAAAAGUUCAAGGACUCUCUGGGUGACACGACGGUGGACCUGUUGCUCAACAUUGCAGGUGUUGCCGCCCCCAAUGAAGACGACAGCCUCACGACCAGCAACCUGCACGUCUUCCAGCAUACCUUUGCGGUCAACACCUUUGGGGUUUUCCUUCUGACACAGGCCCUGCUGCCCAACGUCCUAAAAGCCCCCAAGCCCAAGAUCGGCAUUGUUUCGAGUCGCGUAGGCUCAGUGGGCGACAACAGCUCUGGGGGACAUUAUGCCUAUCGCUCUUCCAAGGCUGCCGUCAAUUCCAUUGGCAAAAGCAUGGCGAUGGACUUGAAGGACAAGGGCGUCACGGUCAUGCUCCUGCACCCCGGCUUCGUGAGGACCAACUUGUUGCCGACUGCAAAGAUGCCCCCUGAAACAGUCGAGCCAGAGGAGGCGGCGAGGAAACUGUGGGAGAAUAUUGUCAGCCAGAAGACCAUCGAAGACACGGGCAAGUUUUGGCAUCGUGAGGGAUUCGAGCUGCCAUGGUAA